AUGAAGUACUUCCCAUUAAGAGAAAGGCAUGCUGCAGUGAGAGUUCUGAAAAUGAAAACUGCUGUCAAGCAGGAACAGUCAGAAAAGAAGAAUGCAGCCCUUGGGGAAACUAUCCACGAGAUGGAAGAGCUCUCCGGCAAGCUCAAACAGAAGCUCAAGGAGGAAGAUGACGCACUUUCCAAAUCAGACAAGACUAAUCGUGAGAAGAGCUAUGAGAUCACAAGCCUGAAGAAUCAGGUUGCCAAGUUUGAGGAACAGAUUCUCUCCCUAACCCAACAAGUGGAGGAACGAGAGGUGGAGCUUAGCAAAGCCAAGGAGACCAACACACACUUGGCCUCAGAGCGUGACGAUGCCGUGGAGGCCAUCGCAGAGAAGGACACCCUCAUCAACACCCUCAAGAGACAGUUAGAGCAGGUGACAGUGAAAAGAUCUCACCUCACACUCUCCCUGGCAACAUGUAAUUCAGAACUGGUCACACUUAAGAAAGAGUGUGAAGAGUCUCAAAGGGCAGCUGAUGAAUUAGCUGAUAUUAUAGUCCAGGCCAAGCGUGAUGUGCAGUCGGAAUACGAGUCAAUGCUAAGCCAAGCAAAGGAGCAGCUGGUGGAGGAGUCUUAA